UCGGACGCAUCAAACGCCUUUCGGACGUCGGCUGGUCGAGUGGUUCUUACGGUUUGCUUUUCCCAAAGUGUAUGUGUGUGUAUCUUUUACCAGUGCCCUCUUCGCUACCCCUCUCCAACGUUGUACGUGUGCGAGCGUGAACGUAUAUGUGUGUGUUUGUGUGUGCCCGCGUGUGUAGGCUGUCGAAAAGUUGGUUAAAGUAAAGUGCGUGCGUGUGUGUGUGCUAGUAUCCCGGUGCAGCAUUGUGCUAGAGAGCUGUGUGAAAGCAAGAAAAAAGCUAUAUUUACCGAAUUGUUAGACGACGGUCAUGCUAGCUUGAAAAGUGUUCGGAAGCGUGUGCUAAUCGAAGGCAAAGCAUAAAAGUGUCAACGUGUGGUGUGAUCGAGCCCGUGCAUGUGUGCGUGCGUCUGUAGAUAAGGAUAAGCCUCAACACCAGUCGGUACCUGCACUAACGUAAAGAACGCAAUCCUUCAAUCCGGCGCUGCACGUGAGCUGCUGCUGAGCUAAAGCAAAAAAGGACCGAGAGCGUGUUUAAAUCCUAGCAUCAACAAAAAAUAGCAGAUGAGUGGAGAACAACAAGCAGAGUCGGCCCCAGAUGGUCUUGCACCGGGAGCAGCGGCGGGAGGUGAGCCGGGAGCGGAUGGAAUCGUCGGAGGACCACGGACGCCUCAGCAGAUUGCAGCACAGAAGCGACUGCAGCAAACCCAGGCACAGGUGGAUGAGGUUGUGGAUAUCAUGAAGACGAACGUCGAGAAGGUGCUGGAGAGAGAUCAAAAGCUGUCAGAACUGGACGAUCGAGCCGAUGCACUGCAGCAGGGUGCAUCGCAGUUUGAACAGCAAGCCGGCAAACUGAAGAGGAAAUUCUGGCUACAGAAUCUAAAAAUGAUGAUAAUAAUGGGCGUUAUUGGUCUCGUCAUACUCGCAAUUAUUGUAGCGAAAUUCAUGCCUGCAGAUCAGCCGCAGCAGCCUAUGAUGAUGAUGGGUGGCCAGCCGAUGCAACAGAUACCGAUGCAGCAGAUGCCGGCCGCACCACCGGCCCAACCAGCAGCCCCGGCCGCCCUGGUACAGGACGUUUCGGCACUGCUAACCGGCGGAGGUUCACAGCUGAUCAAGAACUAAGCUUAGUGGGUUCGGCCACAGAUACAUGCGAAGUACUAACACAAACAUACUGUGGACAAACUGGUCGCUGUUUGCUGUUGCUGGUAAUGUUGCUGCUGCUGGCAGAAAGUUGACAACGGAGUAAACGGACGUAUGGAGCAAAGCUAGAUUACCCAUACUCUCUAUCACAUUACACAUUACAUCGUCGUCAUUCGUGGAGAAAAAAAAAGCAGAAGGAAAAGGAAAACACACAUCGUAGCCGAGGAAAGUGGAAAAAAAGAAAGAAAAACAAGAAUGGUAAAACAAUCCUUCCGGAAAAUAGAAGGAAAGUUGUGGCAUGAGGAAGAAAAAAAGAGUAAAAAAGACAACAACAAACGUACUUAAUACAUUGCUAACGCAUUUAAGUGAGAUACUUCCAGUAUGAAAAUGAAACAAAAUACUUAGAACGGAUAAUAGACAUUAACUAAGAGCAGAAAACGAAACAGUAAAGAGAGACAGACAGACAUUCGAAGUACUAGAGAAAGAGAGCAAGAAAAAUGGGAAUAGUAGAAAACGUAUAGGAAGAAAACAGAAGACAGUCACAAGACAGGGCAAAGGCAGAAGUGUUGUGUAACAAAGUGAAUUGGGUUUCUUUCAAAUUUUCGCCCUUCGAACCCGUUGUUCUAAACGAUUCGAGUAAUUUAUUUUGGUGCCUGCAUUUUUGAAUAUCCCACCACGAGUUUGUUGGAUAUUUUAUAGCAAAAAAAAAAACAUCAGGAAAUGGAAUAGGCAAAUCCGUACGCACACUUUUGUAUUUCUUUUUGUUUGUUUGUUUUUUUUUUUUUCAUUCCAUUGUUACAAUUUCGGGCCAACAAAUAAUCAUACUUUGAGUAAGGCGAAAAUCCAUGUUGAAAGCAGUAGUUGAUUAUUGCUGAUGUUUAAAUGAAAAUUUAAAAAAAAUUACACACACUUCACAUACCCAUAAUGUUACAGUUUGAAGCUUUAGGGAAAGAGAAAAAAGCACACACACAAUGAGAUGGGAAGGAGGGUUUAAUAAAAACAAAAAGGAAGAUAAAGGAAGGUAACACAGCAAAAGGUGUGGCAAAUUCAAGCGAAACUUUCCCAUUACCUUAAUUAUUAUUCUCAUCAUUGUUGCAGUUGUUGCUGUCGUUCGAUAUGUAAAAGACAAGCGGUAGGAAUUAGGUGCAAAACUUCCUACAUUUAAUCACCUUCCCACCAUUCCCUCAUCCAGCCCCGCGUGUUUCCCGUGGUUUCUCGUUUCGUGAAGGCGAGAAGAAUGUCUAUUCUAUGCAUAAUAGCAACAAGCAACGAAAACACGAGAGGAAAAACAAAAAAAGCAGUAAAUUAUGUCAGCUACCUUAAAACACUUAAUAUUGCAACAAUAAACGGAAUUAUUUCAAACCGGAACAAAAUCCACUCCGGCUAAAUUAGUCCCUCGCCUGAUGGUGCAAUUGCAAUUGUCCUUCCCUUUUUGACCCAUUUGGAAUCUAAUACCGGAAGCAAGGAGGAAUGACCACUCGAAUGGCUUCCACGGUUUGUGUUGUGAUCUGAGAAAUUAAAAACCUGCGAAAGAACCGUUCUGGAUGCUGGUGGAGCAAAUGGCGCCAUUUGUUUUGUUCUGUUAAAUUUCAUCCAAACAGAAAAGCGCAAAGAUAAUGGGUAAGGCAACAGAAAAAAAAACAAAACAACACACACCAAAAUACACCCUUCGUUUCGUUCGUUUGCUUGUGUUUUUGUUGUAGAACUCAAUGCUUCCAAAAAUAUGGGGAAAAUUGUUUGUUGAAUUGUUACGUUUUUCGGAAAGGGAGAUGAAAACAAGUUGCACCCAAAAACUUAGGUAACUGAUGAUGGGAGAUGAUUGAUGCGACGAAACUCGUAAAACGACAUUCACAAAACUUCAUUAAACUCGUUGCAAAAUCAAUAAACUUAACGGUCGAAUGUUGUAAAUUGGGAAACGGUGAGACAUGGAAAGAGACGAACAAAAAUAAGCAGAAAAAAACAACAAAACAAAACAACAUUCAACCGAAAACCCAUAACUUGCAUACUUUGGACGAGAUAGAAACCCAAAGGGUGAAGAAACAAAACAAUACGAAUAAAGAUAAAGAUACCUAAACCUAAACAUCAAACAAACACAUGCACACUCACCAAAACACAUUAGCAAAUGAGGGAAAUUUCAAUGAAACAAGCAUUAAACAUAGCAAAUAAUAGGUAAGAGAGAGAACAAAUCGACAAACAAAUCGACAUCAAAACAGACCUAUAGAAACAAAAAACAGAAAAAUACAAAACAGCAAAGAACAGUAAAGAAAACUCCUGACUAACAAAAGAAAUCAAUCAACUCAACGAUGUGAACAUAUAGUGAAGUAAUCAGCAAUGCUAAUGUUUUCUUCAUUUCAUUACCAGCAAAACACAAAUAAAUUUAACUAGAGAGCAGAAAAUAUAGAGUAGGUUAAAACCGAUUCGAAGCGCAAUCAUGGCCGACAGUGAGAAAACAAAACGAAAAAAAACAGUUGGGAAAAGAAACAAUGCUACAAAGAAUUGUAGCAAACAAAGAAAAUAUGAAAAAGGGCAAACGAAUAAAAUAAAAGGAUUAUGCGUCUUGCAUAAUCAACUUUACUUAUCCAAAGCAAGGAAGCAGCAAAUUCAAACAUUACACUUCACAUGGACACACUGUCACUAAACAGACGUUCGCACGCAUUAGUUUCACGUUGUACGUGCACAUACACAGACACACAUACACACAUUAAAAGAAACUAGGUGAAACAGACAGAGCGAGCACUAGGUGGAAUAUCUCCACAUCUCUCGGUGUAUAGAAGAGUUGAAGAAGGUUCGGCUGCACAAGUUUCGUUUCAUAAAAAGUUACAAACAAACAAAAGGAAAAAAAAACAAAACUAAUCGUCAAAAUAAAGCUUAGCAAAACCAACCGAAUCUCUCACAGUGAAAGGAAAACCAGGUAAACAUAGUAAUUACAAUGAAUAAUACUAUUAAAUACUAACAACACGAAAUCCAAAAACCAAAAACAUAAAGGAGAAGAGACGAAACAUUUGAUGAAAAAAAAAUACAAACGAGUGUAGGACGAUACUUGAAGUACUUGAAAUGGAACAGACACAGAAAAGAACAAUGUAUUGAACAAACACACACAGCAACACACACACAUACACCAAACCUUAUAUCUAGCAUAAAUUGUUUUAUUUUUCACUUUUUUCCACUAGAAUAUAUUACAAACUUACGAAAAGCAAAAAAAGAGUAGAAGUGAAAAAAAAAGACAGAGAAAUAAACAACAGGACGAUAAAACGAAUGGACGAAUGGAAUGAACUAGUUAAGGGGGUGAUAAAACACAUGAAAAGGAACAAAAACAACAAAUGAGAUGGAAGCAAAACCCAAAAACAACAACUAGCAAGACGUAACGAAACGAAAACAAGUAGUUUAAAAACAAAAACAAAAAACAAACUCACAUAUAUAUACAUUGUACGGAGUAAAAACGAGACGAAGUAGUGGAGAAAUGAGGAAGAAGAAAAAUGGACGAAAAAAAAGUAAAUCAUAAAAAUCCAAAAAAGUGGUAAAAAACUAAUAAAACAAAAUGGGAAAAUAUAUAAAUAAAAAAAUAUAUAUAUACAUAUAUAUACAUAGCUUUGAAAAUUGUAAAAACACACGACAAAAGAAGGAACUAAGAAACAGAAACACACGAGCGUAUGCGAAACGGGGUGGUAAAAAUACAGCAAAACAAACAUGUACGUGCUUCAUUGUUAUCUAUACUUGGGUGGUGUUGUUGGAAGGAACGUGGCCAGAAGAAGAGUAAAGGCAAGCAAAGAAAAUCCAGAACGUGGCAGUUUGCUCUUUUCAAUCAGUCAAACAGCUAAAGUAGAAACCACAAAACUGGAAAGUGAAACAAGAAAGCCGGACAAGAAGAUAAACAAGCAAACGGUAAAGAGAUUGUGUGGUAAAUACCCAGCAUGAGAACAAUGCUAAAUAGAACGGAAAGUGGACAGACGGUGAAGAAACCAUAGCAAAAAAGAAAGGCAAAAGAACACAAGAACACGUAAGGCGAAGGACGAAGGUGACAGUGGCGUUGGAAGUAUAGAUAAUAAUGAACAGAGAAUAUAUAAUUAAUGAUUAAUAAAGACAAUUAAACUAGUGUAUGUAAAUA